CUGUGGAAUAUCCCACCUUGAAUAAGCAUUGAUUUGAGUGUCAUAUAACAGAAGGUACACCCCAAGGGAGUGGCACCUGAGAACACCGGUUGUGUUGGCUGCGCCAAGCUCUGCUAGCUAAUGCAUUUUGUGUUCUCAGGUCACCCCUUUGGGGCACCAUGUUUACGUGUUUAGUGUCUUCUCAGUUUAGGAAUCUCCUAAGUCCGUCAUAUUAUGCUAUAUCAGGCAGAGAAACGAACUGUAGCAAAUCCGGAUUCCGACUUGAUAAACCCUAUACCCUACUAACUGCUAAGUGUGGAGGCCGCUCACCAUGGAUAUGGAAAUUGAUCCUACAGAACCAGAAGCCCAGAUCAAGGACGAAGAUCUGUUCAGAGCCGCCGAUUCAGGCGAUUCUUCGGUUUUUAGAGCUCUCUCUCCUCAGCAGCUUCUGAGAGCUCUCUCGCUUAGGAACGAAGAUGACCGAUCCCUCCUUCACGUCGCCACCUCUUUGGGUCACUUGGAGGUGGUGAAGAUGUUAUCGGAAGCUGAUCCAUCAGUAAGUGGAAUAAACAGCGUUGAUGAAGAAGGUUGGGCGCCACUCCACUCUGCUGCAAGCAGUGGGCAUACAGAAAUUGUGGAGAUUUUGAUUAGCAGAGGGGCUGAUGUUAAUUUGAAAAAUGAUGGAGGUCGCACUGCUCUUCACUAUGCUGCCAGCAAAGGAUGGUUGAAAAUUGCUGAAUUUCUGAUUUUACACAAUGCAAAGAUUAAUGCCAAGGAUAAGAUCGGUUGCACCCCAUUGCAUCGAGCAGCAAGCACAGGGAACUCAGCAAUGUGUGAACUCUUAAUUGAGGAAGGAGCAGAAGUUGAUGCUAUUGAUAAAGCUGGUCAAACUCCUCUUAUGAAUGCAGUAAUAUGCCAAAACAAAGAGGUGGCUCUCCUUCUGAUAAGACAUGGUGCAGAUGUGGAUGUAGAAGACAAGGAAGGAUACACUGUACUUGGACGAACUUCAGAUGAUUUUAGACCAAUACUGGUAGAUGCUGCGAAGGCCAUGCUUGAAGGAUGAGCAAUACUUUGAAGUAGUAACAUAUGGAUUUGUGGAGGAGGACUAACCUGCUAGGAUGUGUUUUGUUCAUGAACUACAGAGGGAACUGAAAGGUAAGUGAUCAAGCUGUAUGUCAUAAACCAACUUAUUAUAAAGCCAAAUGGGGAAAAAUAUGUAAACAUGCAACUCUUAUUAUUUAAAUUUUUUGAUGAUGCAAAGUAAUCACAAGUUCCUCCAAUUUAAUUA